AUGUUAGCCGAACCAGCUUUAACUCCCGAACAAGCCCAAAAAGAGAUUGAAAAUUUAGAGACUGAUUUAAACGAAUCAAAAAAAACCCAAGCUAGGCAAAUUUUAGAAUGGAUUAAAGAAGCAAGGAAUACCGAAGAAUAUCAAAAAUUAUUUGAAAGAUGA